UCACAAAAAAUUACCAACCAAUUAAUGGGCUUGAAAGGCUUAAAUGCACAAUUGCAUGACAUCAAAAAUUAUUUGCAACGUGUUGGUGAUGGCAAAAUGCCCAUCAAUCAUCAAAUUGUAUACCAGCUGCAGGAUAUCUUCAACUUAUUACCCGACAUAACGAGUGAACAAUUUACCGAAACUAUGUACGUUAAAACGAACGAUCAAAUGCUGGUCGUCUAUUUGGCGUCUAUGGUGCGCUCCAUCAUUGCAUUGCACAAUCUCAUUAAUAACAAAUUGACGAAUCGUGAUGCGGAGGAAGGUAAAAAGGCCGACAAGGAAGCGGAAAAGGAGAAAGAGAAGAAUAAGGAUAAAGAUAAGGAGAAGGAUGGUAAAGAUGUAAAGGAAAAGGACAAAAAAGCCGAUGAUAAAUCUGCUAAAAGCACAGAAGACAGUGGUAAGGGUGGCAAGAAAUAGGAACGAAAGAACAGGAAGAAACCACACCGUAAGAAGAAGAAAAAUAAGAAAAACCACUAGAGAGCAUAAAUGUUGAACCUACAGCGUAGGGAAGUAGUUGCAAAACUAAAAACGUUUGCAAAGAAUUUAUAUGUUGAAGUUAAGAGCAGCAGCCGAAAACAUAAAAGUUAAAUUAAAAAAUAAUAAUAAUUAAUUCGAACAUUUAUGCAUACACUUCUUCAUGUACAUUUUAAGUUUCGUAAAUGUUACGCAAGUACUUUACAUAUACAAUAUAAUGAAAAUAAAAAAUAAAACAAAAAUUUAUAAAUAUAAAUAUAACCAAAACGAAUGCAGUAUGUGUGGUCAGUAUAAAAUAUACAACUUUAAUUACUCUAACGGUUCAUUUCAUUAAACUGCACUCAACUAAUUAACGAGUAAUGUGUUUCUUCUGCGCUUGCAACUUAAGAUUUUUUCGAUUAACGCUAAUGUUUAUAAUAACUACAUACAAAUUUAUGUGCAUAAACAACAAUAGUACAAUAUAAGAAAUGUUUUGUAAAAAACGAAAAAUAUUUGUUAAUAA